CGUGCUUGUGUGUUGUGAUACAGCUCAAGGAGACAAGUGAUGAACCUCGCUGUUUGUUAAAUUAACAGUAGAUAAACGUUUUGCUUUGCAGAUCGCUUCAGGUUAUUUCCGCUGUAGAUCGCCCCUGCAGAAACGACAAAUGGUACGAUGGAAAAUUUAGAAUUGAGCCUGUCAUCAUUGGGCACCAUAUCCAGACAUAUUGACAAAAGUCACAACGAACUAAGCCCGUAUUUGUCAAAACAGAUAUGGAGCCAGCAGGACAGGCAAUGCAUUUUGGGAUGCUUAGCUCAGCUGCUGUUGGAGAAGGAUUACACUUUGUUGAUUUCACGACAUCUACGACCCCUUGUUCUCGACUUGCUGGAGAGGAAUGCAGAGAGGGUCAAAUCAGGUGGCAGAAUUAAUCAUGAUCUCCACGAGCGCUUAUGUGUGGCCCUCAGCAAACUCCUCGGUGUCAGUCCGGAUGCUCAGGCGUUUGCUGCAAGAUACUUCAGCGAUGCUCCACCAGUGUUUCAGAGGCUCUUCUUCACAAGUGAAGAGUCUUCAUCUGUUCAGUAUGGGCCCAGGAGGAUGAAGCUACGCGAUCUUAUGGGGGCCACCUUGCGUUUCCUCCAGAGUGAUUGUGCCAAGUUUCGAGUGCUCUGGGACUGGAGUCCUUGUGUGUCCCAGCUGCUCACCAGUGAUGUGAUGGUUAGAGGGUACACUGCUCAUUGUUUAGCAGUUGUCUCUCGCAUGACUGAUAACCAGAAAACCAUCUUUCUGAGAAAAGUGCUGACAAACGAUGAGAUCCUGCACAUGAAAAUUAAAGCUUUGGAAGAAACUCAGCAGAUGCAGGUGGAAAAGGCCCUGGUAUUAGCUAAUCAGGGCUCUGUCAUGUGGCGCCAGGAGAAGGCUAACAAGUUUACCAGGGGCCAGGUGGUUUCAGAAGACCUGUCUCUGAACGUUGUGGCAGUGUGUGGCGUGGUACUUCCUAGGAUAGUACCAAGACAGACAGAACAGAUAAUCCAAAAGGAUUUGGUACUAGUGGACUCAACAUGUCGUAAUUUGAGACGACUCGCACUGGCUGUGGCUUCCCAGAAGGCAGUUCUGCUCGAGGGACCUAUUGGAUGUGGUAAAACUGCCCUGGUGGAGUUCAUGGCUGCUGUCACCGGACACAUGAAAGCUGCCGAAAUCCUCAAGGUCCAACUUGGGGAUCAGACUGACAGCAAGAUGCUCCUGGGGAUGUACCGUUGCACAGAUAUACCAGGGAAGUUUGUGUGGCAGCCAGGCACCCUUACACAAGCUGUUUCCAAAGGCCAGUGGAUCCUCCUGGAAGACAUUGACCACGCACCUCUUGAUGUGAUAUCUGUGCUCCUGCCUCUAAUGGAGAACAAGAAGUUAAUGAUUCCUGGGAGGGAGGAUUGCAUUGAUGUUGCCCCUGGAUUUCAGUUCUUUGCAACAAGAAGGAUGUACUACAGUGGUGGCAUUUGGCACAGACCUCAGAGCACCCAUGCAGCACUUUUGGACAAGUACUGGACCAAAUUGCAAAUGGGGAACAUGACAAGAGAGGAGCUGAAAAAAGUUCUCGUCAGCAAGUACUCCAACCUGACCAUGAUAGCGGACCGUCUCUUGGACAUCUACUGCCAGCUGACUGGGGACAGACACCCUGACCAGGACCCAGCUCUGCUGGCCAGCUCAAGCAGCCUGCAAAUCCCAGGGGAGUCCCAGCAGAAUAAACAUGAAGACAAGACCACAUCCCUGGAGGGUAGAGCUUUGUCAUUGAGGGACGUACUCAAAUGGUGCGAGAGGAUCAGCGGCAAGUUUGACAGCACGUCAGCAGCCACAGCACAACAUGUCUUCCAUGAAGCUCUUGACUGCUUCACAGCAAUGAUGUCUCAUCCAGAAAGUCGUCAACGAAUAGCUGAGAUCAUAGGAAGCAAGCUCAACAUCUCCAAAGAGAAGGCCCAGCACUUCUGCCUCAUGUACCAGCCUGGUAUCUCGCUAACUGAGCUGGAGGUCAUGGUUGGCAGAGUGACUCUGGAACGCAAGCAGAACCAAGUGGUGCAGCUGAGCAUGAAUAGCCAGACGUUUGCUGCCACGCGUCCCUCCGCGGUGCUGCUGGAACAGCUGUCAGUGUGCGUGACCCAAGGGGAGCCCGUCCUUCUGGUCGGCGAGACGGGCACAGGCAAGACCUCCACUGUACAGUACCUAGCCAAACUCACAGGACACAAGUUGCGGGUUGUGAACAUGAACCAGCAGAGUGACACCGCCGACCUACUUGGAGGUUAUAAACCGGUCGACCACAAACUCAUCCUGCUUCCUCUGCGUGAAGCUUUUGAAGACCUGUUCUCCCAGACCUACUCAAGGAAGCAGAACCUGACCUUCCUUGGUCAUGUACAGACCUGCUUCCGGGGCAAACGCUGGCAGGACCUGCUCAAACUCAUGGACCAUGUCUGCAAGUCUGCACUCACCAAGGAGCUGCAAGAGAAGUCUAAUGCUGCCUUGCUACAGGAGAAAUGGGAAGCCCUGGCCGAGAGACUGCAUCAGACCCAGCAGCAGAUAAGAGCCUGUGAAACAGCCAUGGUCUUUGCCUUCGUAGAGGGGACUUUAGCCCAGGCAGUUAAGAAAGGAGAGUGGAUCCUGCUGGAUGAGAUCAACCUGGCGGCAGCAGAAACUCUGGAGUGUCUGAGUGGGCUGCUGGAGGGCAGCGCAGGCUCCCUGGUGCUGUUGGACCGUGGAGACACAGAGCCCCUGGUUCGCAACCCGGACUUCCGCCUGUUUGCUUGCAUGAACCCAGCCACCGAUGUAGGGAAGAGGAAUUUGCCUCUGGGCAUCAGGAACAGGUUCACUGAGUUGUAUGUGGAGGAGUUGGAGAACGAGGGAGACCUGCAGAUUCUGGUGUCAGACUACCUCAAAGGGUUGAAUCCAAAUAGAAGCAUCAUCAACGGCAUCAUAAAUUUUUACCUGGUGGUACGUAAAGAGGCGGGCUCUCACCUGGUUGAUGGAACCGGCCACCGGCCCCACUACAGUUUGCGCACCCUCUGCCGGGCGCUGAACUAUGUAGCAGCCAACCCUUGCAGGAGUGUCCAGCGCUCACUCUUUGAGGGCUUCUGUUUGAGCUUUCUGACCCAGCUAGACAGAAGCUCACACCCUCUGGUCCAGAAACUGGUGUGUCAGCACAUUUUAGGAGGAAACGUCAAGUGUCUCAAACAACCCAUCCCGUCACCUAUGGACCAGCUCUGUGUAGAGAUGGAGGGCUACUGGGUGUUGCAGGGGGAGAUGGAGCCAGCUCUGGACCCCAGCUACAUUCUGACCACAUCAGUCAAGCUGAACCUACGUGACCUAGCCAGAGUGGUCUCUGCCAGGACUCAUCCAGUGCUCAUCCAGGGGGAGACGUCAGUUGGAAAGACAAGUCUGAUCCGGUGGCUGGCUGCAGCCUCCGGAAACCAGUGUGUGAGGAUCAACAACCACGAGCACACAGACAUCCAGGAGUACAUUGGCUGCUACUCCUCAGACGACAGGGGCAAGCUGGUGUUCAAAGAGGGUGUUCUUAUUGACGCAAUGAGGAAAGGUUACUGGAUCAUCCUUGAUGAGCUGAACCUUGCCCCCACUGAUGUCCUUGAGGCUCUUAACAGAUUGCUGGAUGACAACAGGGAACUCUUUGUGGCCGAGACACAAGAAGUGAUCAAGGCUCAUCCCAGAUUCAUGCUGUUCGCCACUCAAAAUCCCCCUGGCGCAUAUGGAGGUAGAAAGGUGCUGUCCAGGGCUUUCAGGAACCGCUUUGUGGAGCUGCACUUUGACGAAUUGCCAACCAAUGAACUGGAGACCAUCCUGCACCAGAGGUGUAGCCUUCCCCCCUCCUACUGCACCAAACUGGUCAAGGUCAUGCAGGACCUCCAGUCCUUCCGCAGGGGAUCAUCAGUGUUUGCUGGGAAACAUGGAUUCAUCACCCUCCGAGAUCUCUUCCGCUGGGCAGACCGCUAUAGGCUGGAAGAGCAGACAGUCGACUCUUGUGAUUGGCUACAACAUUUAGCAGACGAUGGGUAUAUGCUGCUGGCUGGGCGUGUGAGGAAACCGGAGGAGAUGACGAUCAUCCAGUCCAUACUCGAGAAGCACUUCAGGAGAACGGUGAACCCAGAAAACCUCUUCUCCCAGAAACAGGUCACCAGCCAGUUCAGUCCCUUCAUUGACAGCAUCGCUGGAGUUCCCGAGGAGUUCCGCCAUGUGGUGUGGACACAGGGCAUGAGGAGGCUGGCGGUCCUGGUCGGACGUGCACUUCGAUUUGGCGAAUCUGUCUUGCUCGUAGGAGACACAGGAUGUGGCAAGACUACUAUCUGUCAGCUGUUUGCUGCCCUGGCUGGACAAAAGUUCUUCUCCCUCAACUGUCACCUACACAUGGAGACCUCCGACUUUCUGGGAGGUUUAAGACCUGUCAGACACACACAUCAGGCCGAUGGUGAGGAUGGCAGACUGUUUCAGUGGCACGACGGCCCCUUGGUGCUGGCCAUGAAACAGGGGGGUGUUUUCCUCAUGGAUGAGAUCUCCCUGGCAGAUGACUCUGUGCUGGAGAGACUCAACAGUGUUCUGGAGACUGAGAAGUUGCUUGUGCUGGCGGAGAAGGGCAGCAGGGACAAUGAUGAUGUAGAGAUGAUCACAGCAGCCGCCAGCUUCCGUCUGGUGGCCACCAUGAACCCUGGCGGAGAUUUUGGCAAGAAGGAGCUCUCUCCUGCACUACGUAACCGUUUCACGGAGAUCUGGUGCCCACAGAGCAAUAGCCGCAGUGACUUGGUGCAGAUCAUCCAACACAACCUGCGUACAGGCCUGUCGCUGGACGGCGGAGAUAUUGCCGAGCUGAUGCUGGACUUCAUCGACUGGCUGAUGCAGCAGGACUUUGGCCGGCGCUGCAUCCUAAGCAUCAGGGACAUCCUGUCGUGGGUCAACUUCCUCAACGCUGUGUGCGAGCGCGAUGAGGACGGGUUCAUGACUAUGGGGGCCAUCGAGGAUGAGGAGGAGGCUGAGUGGAACCUCAGGCUGGACACCGUCACUGCCUUCAUUCAUGCCGCCUGUCUGGUCUAUGUAGACAGCAUCGGCUCAGGGACUACGGUGUCCUGUGCAGACAAUGCCCUCCUGGCACGUAGGAUGUGCCUUGGAUUCCUAAAGCAAAGGCUGACCAAAAUGACCAAACUGGACCAGGAGAUGCUGGACACCCUGCGGGUCUAUGACACCAGCCUGCCCCGAGAGCCCCAGUGGGGAGAAGACUUCUUUGGCAUUGACCCCUUCUACAUCGCCUUAGGACCUCAGAGUGAGAAUCGUAACCUGUCAGACUAUGCCAUGGCAGCGGGCACCACAGCGGUGAAUGCCCAGAGGCUUCUGCGGGCCUUGAAGCUGCAGAGGCCAAUGCUGCUGGAGGGCUCACCCGGUGUGGGAAAGACCAGCCUGGUCGCAGCCUUAGCAAAGGCCUCUGGGAACCACCUUAUCAGAAUCAACCUCUCCGAGCAAACCGAUGUGACGGAUCUGUUUGGAACGGACCUGCCAGUCGAAGGGGGUAAAGGCGGCGAGUUUGCAUGGAGAGAUGGCCCUCUGCUGGCUGCUUUGAAGGCUGGCCACUGGAUCGUCCUGGAUGAGCUUAACUUGGCCUCCCAGUCAGUGCUGGAGGGUCUCAACGCCUGCUUUGACCACCGGGCAGAGAUCUACAUCCCAGAACUGGGCAUGAGCUUCAAUGUGCAGCAUGAGAAGACCAAGAUCUUUGGCUGCCAGAACCCCUUCACCCAAGGCGGAGGGCGUAAAGGAUUGCCCAAAUCCUUCCUGAACAGAUUCACUCAGGUGUUUGUGGACCAGCUCACUGCUAAAGACAUGGAGUUCAUUGGAGACUCAAUUUUCCCCAAAAUUGACAAACAGAUCAUCUGUAAAAUGGUGGAGUUCAGUAACAAGCUUGUUCAUGAGGUGUCUGUGGAGAGAAGGUGGGGUCAGAAAGGCGGCCCCUGGGAGUUCAACCUGCGCGACAUGUUCCGCUGGUGUCAGCUAAUGCAGGCAGAUCAAUCGCCGGGGUUCUUCAACCCGGGCCAGCAUGUGGGCCUGGUGUAUACAGACAGGAUGAGGACAGAGGUGGACAAGACCCAGGUGCUGUCUAUGUUCAGGAAGGUGUUUGGGGAGGACUUUGAGCCAUACACGGGCUCUAGACAGUUCCACAUCACGCCGCUGAACCUGCAGGUGGGAUUCUCAGUCCUGCAGCGGAGUGGUGGAGCCCCUGUGGCCCUCGACCCUCCCCUGUCCAUCACACAUCAGGCCCUGCGACCCCUAGAGUCUCUGAUGAAGUGUGUGGAGAUGGGAUGGAUGUCCAUAUUGGUUGGCCCCACGGCCAGUGGGAAAACCAGCCUGGUGAGGCUGCUGGCUUUGCUGACAGGCCAUCGCCUCAGGGUCAUGGCCAUGAACAGUGCUAUGGAUACCACAGAGUUGCUGGGAGGCUUUGAACAGGUGGACAUCAUGCGGCCAUGGCAACAAGUGCUGGAAAGUGUGGACUACAUAGUUGCCAUGGUGACGCGGCGGGGCCUGAUGUCGCUGGAUGUUGGCGUGCAGGACACCGAGUUCCUGCUGAAGACGUGGGGCCUCUUCUGUCGCUGGCUGAAGGAGUCGGGGCUUGAGCGGACGGGGGGCACGGUCAAUUCUGAAGCCCUCAACAAGCUGGAGGUCAUCAUCCUCCUCCUGCAGAAACUCAACACCAAACUCAAAGUGUUCACAGACAUGUCCAAGCUGCAGAUGGACUUCACACAGCUGAAGGAGCGUCUGGCUCAGUUGGAGGAUGGAUGGACCAACGGUGGCUUUGAGUGGCUGGAUGGCAUGCUGGUUCAGGCCUUGCAGGCUGGUGAUUGGCUUCUGAUGGACAACGUCAACUUCUGCAGCCCCUCUGUUUUGGACCGUCUGAAUGCCCUCCUGGAGCCCGGUGGAUCCCUGACCAUCAACGAACGUGGAGUCAUUGAUGGAACCACCCCUCAAAUCACCCCACAUCCCAACUUCAGGUUGUUCCUGACCAUGGACCCCGUGCACGGAGAGAUCUCCAGAGCCAUGAGAAACCGAGGAGUCGAGAUUUACAUCCCAGGGGAACACGAGGGGGUCUGCUGGGACAUGCUAGACCUUAAGACGGUGCUGCACACCGCGGGGGUGACCGGGGAUUGCGUGUGUGAUCUGCUGAUUCAAAUACACACAAGCAUCAAAGCUGCCAUCUGGGACUCCCCAGCCUCCUCUGUGGCUUCCCUGCUCCAUGCCGCUACCCUGCUUUCCUGCCAGCUCCAGAGAGGUGUGGAUCUACCCAGUGCCCUGCAGCAUGCCUGCGGAGAGGCCUACACUGUGUGCCAGCGCACCACUGCUAGCCAAAGGACAGCACAGCAUGUGAUUGAGCAGCAUCUGGCUAUUCUGGACACGGAGGACUGGGGCAGCGGGCUGCUGUGUGCUGGGGUUUGGCCAGAUGGAUUCCCCUCCGCACUGCUUUCCACCGAGGACUCCUGCUUCUCCUCUGUCCUCCGCGAUGGCCAAGUCCUCUCUUUCUGUCUGAACACCCUCAGCCUGCAGGGCAAACGGAAUCGCCCUCUUAGCCUGAAUGACCUGAAAAGGGCCCUGCAGAGCUGCGGUACCCAUGAGGGGUUGGCGUUUUCUGGAGGAGUUGUGGAUCUGGAGGACGGCGACGCCCUGCGCCUGAUCCCCACGGCUGUCCGACUCCUCACUGAGAGAGCUUCCCACGGAGACUGGAUCCUCCGCAGCCACUGGCUCUCUCACCUGGGCAAGAGCUACAAAUUCGCUCCCGAUCCAGCACUGGUCCAGGUGGAGGCGGGAAACAGGGCCCUGAAGGCUGUUUUCAGCAGCAAGCUGGCCGUCAAGGGCAAGUCUCUUACAGAGCUGCUCCAGCCACACAGCACAGAUGAAUACAGGAUCCUGGUGGACAUGCGAUGGAACAAACAGUAUCUGGAUAUUCUGGCCAACAAAUGUAACUUUGAGGACGAGGAAAGGUACACAGAGUUUCUGGAGGCCUUGAACGCAGUUGCCAACAGGAUUGUUCUGAUGAUGGACAGAGAGGAGCGGUCUGUCAACUGCACCUGCGCCAUCAACCUGUCUGCGCAAAACUGUGCAUUGAGGAUAGCCACAGCCUUCAGCAAAGGGUCUGUGGACAUUGGCCAUCUGCCUCACCCAGUGCUGAUGCACCUCCGUACCUUCUUUGACCUGUGGGACUCCUUCACCCUGCAGGCGGUGCAGACUGGACAGCCAUACAUCUCAGACCACAUCAUGUUUGAGAUUCUACAGCUGCUGCAGUGGCGAGACCGCUUCUGGGACGUAUGCAACACACUUCCUGCCGACUCCCAGGGCAUCUCCGUCCUCUCGUUACACUGGCAGUGGGUCCAGAAACACCUCAUCCUCAGGCUUCCUCAGCUCCUCCUUGGAGAUGCGGCUGCCACCUUCGAAGGUCAGCUGGCGCUCGAGACUGUCUCAGCUGCUAUCCAGACUGUAUUGUCAACCCCGGUCUCUUUGGCCACCGCUCUGAAGGGCAUCCAGAAGACACUGGGAAAAGCACUCCCAUUCAAGUUGGAUUCUGUUGCUGAGUGUGCUUCAAAGUUGAAGAUCCUCUGCAAAUCUCUGGAUGUGAGUGAUUUGAGACUGGACUUCACCUCGACCCCGUGGAAGCAGGAGCUGGUUCGACUCCAGGGUGCCGCCCUGGGGCUAGACACCAAGGAAAGCCUCCUAGAAGCCUGUGGCCUCUUGCUGCUAGCUAACAACCAGCUGGAUACACAGAGAUCUGGUGUUUUGGAGAGGUUGGUGUCCUGUGUGGAGAAGCAGCAGAGUGAAAUGACCUCCCGCAGUCUCCUGCAGGAGCAUGCCAUGUGUGGGGAGGGGGAGGGGAGGGGAGGUGGGUCGCCCCUCACCAGGGAGGAGCUUCAGCAGCUCAGCCGCAGGGUGCAGCUCUGGCCACUGAUGGAGGAGCUGGCGGUGCUCAACCAGCUACGGCUCAGUACAGACCUCCUGCGCCUGGCUCUCACACAGGGGGACCAGGAGGCUGAGGACGGCUUACGUCAGGAGCUCUCCCGGCAUCUUCGCUUUUGCCUUCAGUCCACUCCCAUGAACAUCAGUCAGCUCCAGACGCUCUGGUUCCUGCUCAGCAGUGAGCGGCCAGCGGAGGAGCUACAGUUUGUGUGGUGUGAGCUGCUCUCUGAGGCCCUGGCUGCCAUGUGGAACAACAGUGUGACCUCUGACCCAGACCGCUGGCUUCAGUGGAACCCCCUGUGUUCUGAGACCCAACUGACCACUAAGUCACGCCACGGAACAGAUAGCACAGGUCCCCCCUUGCUGAGUAAAUCAGUGUGGUCGCGGUGCAUACUGGGAGUUCUGAGCAGCAGUGACACCGGGGGUCAAUGGGACCCCUCAGGAACGGCCCUCCUCACCUCCUCCCAUGUCACACUGGGGGAGUGGAGGGAGAGGAUACAGCAGCUCCAGGAUGUCACUGCCGUGCUGUGGGACAACAUGGCUAUUGCUGCCCUGGCUGAGUUCAGGGGCACAGACUUCAGGCUUCAGGGCAUGGUCCUGCGCAGGCAGCUCCAGAGCAUGGCUCACCUGCUGCCCCCCAGCCUGCAGGAGGGUUACAUGGAGAGCUGCGAGAGCCUGGUGGAGGACCAGGACCCCCUGAUCGCUGCGCAGGAGAUCCAGACAGCUUUCGGGGACUUCCUGCCCCCCAACCUCCUCCCCGAGGGCCUUCUGGAGGCUUGCAUGACCUGCCUGCAACAGUACAUACAGAGCAAAGUUCAGGAAACCAACCAAUUUGCCCGCUCUGGAGUGUUCUGGAUCAACAUGGGCUUGUCACAGAUCAAAGUGUGGACGCCACAGACAAUCUUUGACCCCGCUGUGAAGAGGGCCUACAAGCUCAACUACGCUCAGGAGGAGCUUGCUUUGCUGCAGGAGGAGUGGCGAGGACGCAGCCUGUCCUCCCAGCUGCUAACAGGAGCAGUGUUGGAAGAGAGCAGCACCACUGAUGGUUUCCAACACCCUCGGAUCAGGUACCUCUGGAUCCGUAUGCAGCAAGUUAAGGAGCAAAUCGCCGAGCUGUCCAGGAAGCAGGCAUGUCGUCCUCACGAACCCCAGUAUGGACGGCUGUUCCAGGAGCUCCAGCACUACCUCUGCAGUAUUGGCCAGGCAUCUGCUGUGGAAGACCUCCUCUCCCACCUGCUUAAGGCCCUGCAGGGGUCUUCCUCCAAAUCCAGAUCAGGGAUCCAGGCGCUGCUGAAAGAAGAAGCCGUGUGGCAGAACUCGCAACAACGCUUUGCCCAGAGGCUCCUGGAGGAGUACCCAUUGUACCCAGAUGUGGUUGGGCCACUGCGCACUGGUAUCCUCCAGCUCAGACAUGGCAUGAGGCUAGUGGCUUCCCAAGUAUCCGCCUUGCUCACCCCGACGCCAGGCUUGCCCAAACUGGUGUCCUGCCUACUGGCCUUUCCCUCUCUGUCACCCAGCCUACCCUCCUACCUGGCCCGGGCCGACUUCCUGUGCUCCAGGGCUUGCAUGGACACACUGCGCGGCCUGGCGAAGCUCCGGCCCCCGCAGGACCCUGAGCAUGUUAUUCCACAGUCAUCCACCUUGCUGUUGAAUGCUCUUCUCUAUGUGCAGUGCCAUGCCAUAUCAACUGGACAGCUCAGCGAUGAGACACACAAUCUCUUUAGACACAUUUGUCAGGCUCUUGUGAAUGAGUGGGACGAGCAGGAGAGACGCCGGCGGGAAAAAGAGCAACUGGAGGCCAGCCUGUACCGGAACCGGUCUCGGCUUCAUGGGUCUGGCCUGACCGAGGACGAGCAAGAGGAGAAGGACUUCAGACGCUGCUUCCCUCAGUUCAGCAAGGAUUUUGCUGACAUCACCAAUCAGCACAGCCUAGAGAGCCCGGCCCAAGAGGCUGAGGAAGAGGAAGAGAAUUCUGAUGAGUCCAGCGAGGGUGGCGUUCUGUCUGCGACCGGCAUGAACACUGUGGUCCAGGUCCAUCAGCGCCUGUGUCUGGGUUACGCCCGGUCCCUCUGGUACCAAAGUGCAGCCCCGGCCUAUCACAGCAAAGAACACGUCAGAACCCUGAUCUCAUCCUAUCAGAUCGCUGCCCCUGUGAUAUCACGCUUCUAUCAUUUGAUGGAUGCAGAGUUGGACCAACAGCUCAGUGGCAGCCAGCUGCUGCUCAGCGCCGUCCUCCAGAACACCGUUCAGGGUUCUGCAGGUCCUGAUGGCUUGGCUGUCCAUUUAGAAGGGCCGUACGACUUCUACCAGCAGCCCAAUAUGAGCGAGACCCGGUGCUGUCUUCCUAUUCUGGAACAGCUAAAUGUUGCUGUCAAGCAGAGGCUUGAUGAGUGGCCAGAUCACCCAGCACUAGUACAGUUGACUGUGGUAAUGGAGAGAAUCAUGGCCUUCAGUCUGGCCAGCCCACUGGCCAAGUUCCUCAAUGGCAUGGAAAUCCUACUCAGUAAAGCACAGGACUGGGAGAACAAUGCCAGUCGCUCUGUGUCUCUGCGGAAGGAACUGGAACCAGUCACUCAGAUCAUUAUCCAGUGGCGCAAACUGGAACUCAGCUGUUGGUCGAGUAGUCUAGACAAUGCCAUGAAGCGCCACACGGAGAAGUCAACCAAACACUGGUUCACUGUCUACCAGCUGAUUGAGCGAUAUCUAGAGGAACAAAGAAACUACACCAAUGCAGAAGAGGUGGAGUGCCUAUCCUCUUCCUCAGUGGCCUCCACUCUCCAGGCCUUCAUGGAGAGCUCCACACUUGGCGACUUCCACACCCGACUGGAAAUGUUGCUCAGCUUCCACUGCCACCUCCUUUUGGUUCCCAAACAGCAGGGAAAAGAGACUUUGUCAAGUCUUCUUUGGAACCUGCACACAUACUAUGCUCAGUUCUCCGAUUGCAUCCAAUCCAAAAUCACUCAGCUCAGACAGCCCAUUGAAAAGGAGCUCAAGGACUUUGUGAAGAUCUCCCGGUGGAACGACGUCAGUUUCUGGUCUAUCAAACAGUCAGUGGAGAAGACACACAGGACGUUGUUCAAGUUCGUAAAGAAGUUUCAGGAUGCACUGAACAGUCCCUGUGCUCCUUCCCUGGUGGAGCAGGGCUCCAGUGCCAACUUGGACAGUGUAGAUACAAACCCUGAAGAGACCCCCCUCCACCGGGUUCACCAGACUCUGAAGACCAUCCUGCCAGGGAAGGGCAGAGACUUACAGAAGGAAGUCCCAGAUGAGGCAGCUGAGACCUCAUCUCUCCAGGGUCGUCUACCUGUUCUGACCAGGAAGAUGAAGAAGAUGUGUGUCCAGUUGGUGAAGACAAACCCUGCUCCUGGGCUGGCUGAGGACUUGGACAUUUUCACUGGUGAGAUCAUCAGCAACCUCCGUGACCUGCAGAGCCUCACCAUCGACUCGUCUGCAGAGAAGGAGAAGCAGAAAGCCGAGGUCAAACACAUCCUCCAGCAGAAGCAGAGAGCUUUGGCCGACCUGUUCAAGAUGCUCACAGAAAUAGGUCUGUCCUACCGUAAAGGGCUGGCGUGGAGCCGGAUCGCCGACCCAGAGCAGACUCUCUGUAUGCAGCCACUAGAGAUGACCACGGCCCUGUCUGCUGUCAGGACCCAGGACCAGACCGAGAAAACGUUGUUUACAGACUUGACAGCCGCAUGGGAGGGAUGUCAGAAAUACUACUACCGUUCGUGGGCUAGAAGAACCGCACUGCAGACUGCUGUCCGGUGCGCUGCCAAGGAGCUAGGUUUGGGGAACAUAGAGCGUUGUAGAGGCUUCUCCUCUCACCUGUUCAAGCUGCUUCUGAGGCAGAGACGACGGCUAGCCAAGUUGACUGAACAGUGGGUUCAUCUCAGGAGGUUAACAGUCAGCAUCCAGGGUAUCCAGGACCACCUACAAACCCUCAGCGGGGACUCGGGUAGUGCCCUACCUCCUCAGACUGUUCUCCAGGGCUGGGUGAGCAGGGGCCAGGCCCUGGCCGCCCAGUGUACCACUCUCCUCCAGCAGCUGGCUUUGCUGCUGCAGAGUUGCCCAGAGGACCUCCAGCAGAAAGAGGCACCGGGUGACUCAUCGUGUAGGCAGCACACCCUGAGGUGCCCGUCCCCCCUGGCGGCCCACCAGCAGCCCCCCGGCUGCCUGAUGCGGAGGGGCGAUGCUACCUGGUGCCAGCUGAGCCAGUGUGUGGCCGCCAUGCUCCAGCAGACCCACGGUGUUAAGAUGGAGCUCGACUCUGUGUCAAAGCAGGGUUCAGAGGGGGCCCUUCAUACAUGGAAUCAUUUUGGCGUGUGCUGCUCCGGCUUCGACCGGCUUGGCGCUGUGGUAGCCCAAAUGCCCGACAUGGAGAAGCUGUUCACACCAGCUGUGUGUGUAUGCAGCGCAGACAGCCAGCCGGCCAUAGCUCGAGGUCUGAAGUACAUCCGAGGAGAAGUGGAGGCCAGCCUCACCGAGUUUACCACCUGGAAGACCCAGCUGCUGUCUCUAGGGCAGGAAAAUACAGGCCUCCAACACGUGUUUCAUUCAGAGUUCUCCGCUGAGCUGGAAAAAACCGUCACCACCGUGCUGUGUGCCAUUCAGAGGCUCGUGAAGAGGAGGGAAAGUGAGCAUAAGAGAGAUGAGCAUGGACACGUCAAGAGAGAGAGUGAUGAAGAGGAGGACGAGGAGGAGCCCGUGGAGGAUCUGCUGAAGCCCGGACACCUGAGCCGCCUCCUUGAGGAGGACCUUGCGGCUGAGGUGACAUGUCUGUCGCUGGGGGAGGUGAGCUCCGCGGUGGAGGAGCUACUAGUUCAACUCCGGACGCACAGGGACUCCUGCCAGCAGCAGCACCUCCAGGAGCUGAAUGAGGCAUGCAGGAUGCUGGUGCGUCUGGAGCCCCUGCUGGCAGUGUACUCUGACCUGGUCCGAUUCUUCCUGGCUGUCUCACUGGGAGCCCACAGGAGCACAGGGAAGCUGCUCUCUGUCCUGGCCAGCAUCUUCACCGAGCUCGCUCAGAAGGGCUUCUGCUUGCCGCAGGAGCUGAUGGCAGGUGGAGACGGCGAGGGAGCCACGGAGUUCCACGACUACGAGGGUGGAGGCAUCGGAGAGGGGGAAGGCACCAAAGACGUCAGCGACAAGAUUGAGAAUGAAGAGCAGGUUGAGGACACCUUCCAGGAGGGCCAGGAGAAGGAGGAACAGCAGGAGAAGGGACAAAUAAAGGCGGAGGAUAAUGCCAUUGAAAUGUCGGAGGACUUUGAUGGCCAGAUGCAUGAUGGGGAUGUUCAGGAGCCAGGGGAUGAUGAAGAGUCAGAUAAAGAUGAUGAAGAAGAGCUUGAUAAAAAGAUGGGCGACCUGGGUGAGGGCCAGACAGACACUCUGGAUGAGAGAAUGUGGGGCGAUGAUGAGGAUGAUGACGAACAAGAAGGAAGUGACAAAGAGGAAGAGUCUGGCCAAGGCAUGGACCAGGGUGAAUCUCAAUUGGUCGCCAAAGAUGACAAUUUGGGCGCUGCAGAUGCCAACAAAAAGGACCAAAACAAUCAGGACAGAGACGAAGAAUUGAAUGAAGACGAGAAAGAGAAGAUCCACGAACAGGCAGAUGAGAGGGAAUUUGACGAGAAUGAGGUGGACCCCUACCACGGCAAGCAGGACAAGAAACCCGACCCUGAGGCCAUGGACCUGUCUGAAGAGCUCAACCUGGACAAGGAGGAUGAGGAGGCCGGCAAUGAGGAAGAGGGAGACGAGAAUCCAUUUGACAUGGACGAGAAGCUCGGGGCCGCGGGUGAGAAGGAGGGCGGAGAAGAGGAGGACGAGGGGGGAGCGGAGGGGAUAGAGGAAGACCAGCCCGACCAACCGGGGGAGGAGAACGGCCUGGAGCCCAAAGCUGAGGAGGAAGAGGAGGGAGGAGAUGAAGGGGCCGAGGAGGAUAAGAAUUCGGCUGAGAGAGAUGAGGAGGGAGAAGGGCAGGAGGAAGAGGAGAAGGAGGACAGGGGACAAGAGGCAGGAAAAGAAGAGGAUCUGAUGAUUCCAAAUGACCAAGGCCAGAAACCCAAGGAGGAGGAGGACGGGGAAGGAGAUGAUGACGAAGAACAACCGGAGUCUUCAGGGAGGAAGGAGCACAACACAGACGGACAGACCGGAGAUCAGAACGUCCAGAGUGACACUGCUGUGGAGCUGGCUGGGGAGGCGUCGGAGAAAGACCAAGCUAAAGAGGAGCAUGGGAGUGGAGCUGCAGACGCCAGCCAGUUCGAGGGGCACGAGUCAAAGCUAACAGCCAGAAUGGCUUCGCAGAGACAGACACAGAGCAAGACCCAGAGCUUCAAGCGGAAACCCGGACGAGCGGACAAUGAGCGUUCGACCGGCGACUACAAUGAACGCGUCAACAAACGUCUUCGUACAGUGGAGAGUUCGAAGGAGCGGACCCAAGACAACAAGCAGAGUCAGGCCGAGAUGGAGUCAGAUCUGUAUGAGCACAUCAAACAGGGAGAGACAGCCUAUGACGCUCAGACAUACGAUGUUGCCAGUGCAGAUCAGCAGAAACAGGCUGGGCAACAGCAAGACCAAAUCCAAGACGAGGACGAUGUUGCCAUGGAUACAGAGGAACAGGAAGAGGACCUGAAGGCCGUUGAGGCCCAAGAACUAAAGCCCGAGCAGCUAGACUCCACCAAGGCCUCCCAGAAAGGUCUGGACAGUGGGGAGAUGGAGGCCCAGCAGUGGGGAGAGGAAGAGAAAAGUGAGGAGGAUAAAUGGAAGGAUAGACAACAUCCCAGUGACGUAGAGCAUCCAGAGCGGAGCACAGAGUCCACAAUUCACACCGUCCCUGAGCUGUUGUUGGAACAAACACAGAAACCAGUGCAAGAUCCAGAGAAGAUGAGAAGGGAGCUGGAGCUCCAGCUGGAAGCCUGGCAUAAACAGGCGCCAGGGACUCCAGAGGAGGAGAGUGUGGCGGCAGCCAUGUGGCACCAGUACCAGACGUUGACCUCUGCCCUCUCCCAGCAGCUGUGUGAGCAGCUUCGGCUCGUCCUAGAACCCACUCAGGCCGCCAAGCUGAAAGGCGAUUAUCGAACGGGGAAGCGCCUCAACAUGAGGAAGGUCAUCCCCUACAUCGCCAGCCAGUUCCGCAAAGACAAGAUCUGGCUGAGGAGAACCAAGCCCAGUAAGAGAGAGUACCAGAUCUGUUUGGCGAUCGACGACUCCUCCAGCAUGGUAGACAAUCACUCCAAGCAGCUGGCCUUUGAAUCCCUAUCGGUAAUCGUCAAUGCUCUCACUCUACUGGAGGUUGGCCAGGUGUCUGUUUGCAGUUUCGGUGAAACGGUGCAGCUCCUCCACCCCUUCCAGCAGCCGUUCAGCGACGAGUCCGGAGCCAGAAUCCUGAGGCUUUGUCAGUUCCAGCAGAAGAAGACCAGGAUAGCACAGUUCUUGGAGACUUCCUCCAAAAUGUUUGCAGCAGCGCAACAGCAGAACCCACUAUCUACAAACUCAGAGACGGCCCAGUUACUGCUCAUCGUGUCUGAUGGCAGGGGGCUCUUCCUGGAGGGGAAGGAGAGGGUGUCUGCAUCUGUAAUGGCUGCCCGCAAUGCCAACGUGUUUGUCAUCUUUGUGGUGUUGGACAACCCAAACUCCAGGGACUCCAUCCUAGACAUCAAGGUGCCCAUAUUUAAAGGGCCAGGAGAGUUACCGGAGAUCCGUUCCUACAUGGAGGAGUUCCCCUUCCCUUUUUACAUCAUCCUGCGGGACGUCAACGCCUUGCCGGAGACCCUGAGCGACGCACUGAGGCAGUGGUUCGAACUCGUCACUGCAACCGACCGGUAGACCAAUGAGAAGCCAUUCUUAGGAGGGGGGCAGGGACGACAAACAAAACACACGGGGGAGGGACAGCACUCAACUGCACAAUGCCACUCUGCUGCUAGCCUCUCUACAAGAACUCUAAUGACAACAAAAAGACAAAGAACUCAAAAAUAAAACAAACCGGACUGCCGCUGUACAUGUGCCUUUAUUUUCUUAUUUUGAUUCUAAUUUUAUUAGAUGCUGUAGAGUUUGAUAGCGAUCUUUGCUGGGGUUUUUUCUUUUUUGUCUGUGUCAUCAGGGGAAUUCUUGACGUUUCUUUUGUAAUGUAACAAGGAUUGCUUUAACUUGCACGUCUCAUGAAAUUAUAGAAACAAAAAUGUGAUUCCCUUGCGUGUGAAACACCUCAGUGAUGAGUUGGUUGGUAAAUACCUCUUUUCCCCCACUGUAUUAUAACCCCCAACCCCCUGCUCUCAUGUUUGUGUGGAUGUUCUAGUCAGUGUUACAAUGAUCACAACAUCAUUCAUCAUCAAUGUGAACACAACAACUGAUGUACGGAGAUGACCGGUCGGAGUUGUGACUCUUGUUUUUGUUUUCUUUGUUUGCUUUUUUGUUUUCAUGGGCAGACGUUUGCAUAACAGAACCCCGUCACGAUAUCAUCGCAUAACCGUAGCAUGUUAUAUACAGCCUGGAUCAACUUUAGCAGAACGUUAAAAAAAAAUGUGCCUUGGAGAGGGAGGAAAUUGUAUUGCAAUUAACUUCACACUGAAAUCAGCCAUUGGAGUGAACGGCCGGAGGCCCCGAUCACAGCUCUGUAAAGAUCAGGAUUUUUAGUAAUUCAAUUCUUCUGCACUUUGAAGCACAGGGACUGCGGACUCCAGUUUUUUGAUAUAGACUCCAGUAACCAGUUUUGUGGUUUUAAAGACGCAUAUCUGCUGUGCUCAUUUUACAACCAUACUGUGUGACUUACAUCUGCAGAACGCGAGCUAGGAACUCAUCACUGUGUCCAUUAGGAGUAGACAAAAGGUGUUUUUGGUCUGUGCAUUGAAAUGUUAAUCGCCUAUGUGUUUUUAAACGUGGACAUACAUGUAAGGGGACAUCACAUGAUAUUUUAAAGGGCGUUUCCUCAUUGUCACCCAUCUCUUCAACCGUACCCAUGACACGUUGGAUCCCAAUAAUAAAACCGUUUCA